AUGUCUAGCCACGAUAGUCACAAUAGAUCUCACUCUCAAAGUAGCACCGGCGGUCGAAGACGCAAAGGCAUUGUCAGCAGCCUUGUGAGAAAUAGUUACCACAAUCACCAAGAGAAGAAGAAAGCGCAAGCUGCUGCUGCUACGUCUAACAACAAUGAUGAAGCCCGGCCGGCCAGUUAUUCGGAAGGAUCUCGCGAUGAAAGGCGCCACACCUCAUAUGAACAUGACGGUAACGGAUCUUCGGAUAGCGAUGGCAACGAGGAGCUAGUGCGCGUUGAUCAAGAGACGUCCCGAGAUCUGGAGGAGGCAGCAUGGCAGCUCGAUGCUGCGCAAUCACAACUAGAGCCACCGCCCGAUUAUGCUACUGUCAUGGCCCAAGACAUUGACGUCGACGCAAUGGCUGAAGGAUUUGUACGAAGUCAUACCGCUCCAUCAAACCAGCAGAUACAGCGCCAGGGACUGCCGAUGCCCGUGAUCCUCCCGCAGCGCCGUCCCGGAGAGCGUGCCCGCGGCUUCAUCCACGCCUAUGCACCAUUGCUUCAAGAUGUGGGCAUUGACGAGGCGACAUUCUUCGACUUUAUCGAGCAGCUGAAUAUGGCAACAGCGCCAUCGCCUUGGAUCAACGCCAUCAACCUCGCGGCCGUGGCUGUGCAAAAUGUCCCGGAGCCUGUUUCCAUAGCCGUUUCCAUUGCGGCACGUGUCGCCACUCAAGUCGGCCUCCAGGCUCACAGCCGUUCGAAAACAAACGCUUUCUUGAACAAGAUGAACGCCGGAUUCUUUCGCCCGUUGGGUCUUAUUGCCGUCAUCAUGACCUGGAAACCUAGCCGAGCCCGUGAGGUUGUCACACAAGUCAACUUUGACGCGGCACUGGAGCAAGCCACACAGAAUGCUUCUGGUCCGGGCUCUGGAACAACAAGCGGUUUCAGCGAUAGGAUGCAAGCCUCACAUGGAACAACAAGCUUUGAGUGGCCAGAGUCAGCGCCGCUGGUGUUUCCGACGUUAGACAAGCUCGCUGGUACUCCCGAAGGGAGGCAGGCCGUUGAAGAUGCUGGGCAGAAGCAAAACGGACUGAAGCGCAGCAUGAACUUUGCUAUGGACUACAUGGAUAAGCGGGCUCAAGCCCAGUGGGCAAACGAGCAUCCGGAGAGUCGUCUGGCUCAGCUGAAUGAGAAGCCUGAAUUUCAUUCACGCUACGCAGAUCCCAACCAUCCAGCGAGCAGCGGCAGUCUUGUGGCUUUACUUACAGGAGGCGCUGACGUCUUAUACCUCAUGAUUGCCAACCUGCCAUCAAGCGAGGAAAUGGCAGCAGCGGAGCAAUUUCUACAGACGCAUUCUGUGCAAGGCUGA